AAUCUAGUGGACCAGUGAUACAGUAUAGAAGGCAUCAGUUUCCAUUAGUCUGUGUUGCUGAUCAGGUCCCCUUAUCUGCAAUGCUGCCAUGCAUGAGCUGCUAUAGUUGUUUUUUGUUGGUUGGUGAAUAAGCACCUUUUGGUUUUGUAUACCUUACCAUCGUCUUGGCAUCUCUUUUUACUGCAUCAUGCAGCCAAAUGGUCAUUCUACCAGUCAGUAAUCUACAGUCUGCCUGUAGUCUCCUGUCAGUAUCAGCAGGAACUGUUUUUCAUGUCAGUGCAGGAUGUCAGUGUGACAGACUUUUAACAGUAAAUCAGGAGUGUGAAACUAAUUACAAAAUAUUUCCUCCUCCUCUUCAGCGCCCCUCCAGCUGGUGGCGCCCUAGGCCUAAGAAAAGCCAGCUACUGUCCAUAUAGGCCAUUAAAAAGGCUUUUAUUUUAUACUGACACUGACAGGAAGUGGUGUCUUAUUGUUGUAAAUUAACUCUCAGCUCACAGAUGAGAUAACAAGACAUUUGUGUUUCAAAGUCCAGAGUGCAGCCAUUUGUCACAGACUGAAUACAGACCAUCAGUGUGUGCGGAUCAACAUGGAGGAACAGAGAAAGAAGAUCUUGUGUGUGGGUCUUGUGUGUCUUGACAUCAUCAACGUGGUCGACAAAUACCCAGAAGAAGACACUGACAGCAGGUGUUUGUCGCAGCGUUGGCAGCGAGGCGGGAACGCUUCAAACUCCUGCACGGUGCUGUCGCUGCUCGGAGCGCCCUGCGCCUUCAUGGGGUCGCUGACUGCUGGACCUGUGGCCAAUUAUAUUUUGGAGGAUUUUCGGAAGUUCCACAUCGACGUGUCUCUGGUUACUGAGCAUGCUCAGUGCAUCCUUCCAGCUUCUGUGAUCAUCAUCAACAUCAGCACAGGAAGCCGCACCAUCCUGCACAUGAACAGUUUCAUUGUGGACGACUUCUCGCGGCGUGCGGUUGAUAUCUCGGCGGUGGUUUGGCAGGUCAAAGGUCAAACUCCGUGUGCGUGUUGUGUGGUUUGUCCGUCCAGCGGCUCUCGAACAGUCGUUCUCUCAGACACGAACCUUCCUGACGCCACGGCAAACGAUUUUUCCAAAGUUGACCUUCGUCAGUUCAAGUGGAUCCAUUGGGAGGGGCGAAAUGCUGAGGAGCAGGUGAAGAUGAUCCAGAGGGUGGAGCUCUAUAACAGCACGUUGCCACAGCAACAGAAGAUCACCAUCUCUGUGGAGAUAGAGAAGACCAGGGAGGCGCUGUAUCAGCUGUUUGCUCACGGUGACGUGGUGUUCAUCAGUAAAGAUGUGGCUCGUCACUUCGGCUUCCAGUCGGCUCAAACCGCUCUGAAAGGACUCUACGGCCGGGUCAAACAGGGGGCCGUCCUGAUCUGUGCCUGGGCAGAAAAAGGAGCCGACGCUUUGGGACCCGACGGUUCGGUCGUCCACUCGGACGCUUUUCCUCCUGAAACUCUGGUCGAUACUCUCGGAGCCGGAGACACUUUUAACGCUGCUGUCAUCUACAAACUGGCCAAUGGUGGAAGUCUACAGGACGCUCUGACCUUCGGCUGCAGAGUCGCCGGCAGCAAGUGUGGUUUCCAUGGUUACGACGGCAUCGCCGAAAAGUUUACUGACGGCUGAAAAUGAAUAAACCGUUUGAUGUUUAAUUGUGAGAUUAAUUGAGAGAAGUGUGGUUCCAGACCCUUAUUGUGAAUUAUUAUCACUUAUUACUUUAUUAUUAUAUUAAAAUAAUUAUCGGUUUGAUAAAAACUGUGAAUCUUUAUUAAUCAACGUGUUUCAGACCUGAUGAUCUAUCUGAUAAUAUGAUCAUUAACGGAUAGUUUAUUGAUUAAUAACUAAUAGUUAACUGUUUGAUGAUUGAUUAUUCACUGUUAACUGCUGAUGAAAUGAUAGUUAAGUGUAAUUAACUGUGUCAUCUUCCAAUAA